CUCGCGAGAACGGCAAAGUUCGGAGUCGCUCGCGCGAGCCAGUGUGCCACGACAUCGAUAUAUACUACCUCUACUCGCGCUCUCGGUGCUCAGUGGUACUCGUCCACACGCAUACAUACACUUUUCGCGCAGUAUACGUGUGUGCGUGCUCGUAUAGAUACUUUUGUUGCUGCUGGCCGUGCGUCAGUUGCUGCGUGAAUAUUACGGCAGAUACAUAAGCUAUAUACACACACACACACCUAAAGCUAGAUAUAUACAUAUAUAGUGAACGACGAAGCGAUCGAGAUAUAGGCGAGGACUUGCUGCUGUGCUCGCUGAAGGCGCCACGCAUUACACACACGGAGCUGCCAACGAGCAUUUCUGCGACUGCUGCGAGCGAGAUAGACUCAGUGUCGUGCACUCAUACACAUACACGCGCGCACCUUACGACGACGACGACGACGACGACCGUCGACGACUAUAUAGAUAUAUAAUAGAGCGCCUAGUGGCCAACUUAUAACAUUGCAGCUGCUCAGUUUCGCGUAGCAUGUCCACGAUGAAUCCCGAAUAUGAUUACCUGUUUAAACUGCUCCUUAUUGGAGAUUCCGGUGUAGGAAAAUCGUGCUUGUUGCUCCGAUUUGCCGAUGACACCUACACAGAAAGUUACAUCAGUACCAUUGGUGUUGAUUUUAAAAUCAGGACCAUUGACUUGGAUGGAAAAACGAUAAAACUCCAAAUCUGGGAUACUGCUGGUCAAGAAAGAUUUAGGACAAUUACUAGUUCUUACUACCGUGGUGCACAUGGUAUCAUUGUAGUGUACGAUUGCACAGAUCAGGAUUCAUUCAAUAAUGUUAAACAGUGGCUGGAAGAAAUUGAUCGUUAUGCCUGUGAUAAUGUAAACAAAUUACUUGUUGGAAACAAAUCUGAUCUUACUGUCAAGAAAGUUGUUGAUUAUACAACUGCCAAGGAAUAUGCUGAUCAACUGGGCAUUCCAUUCCUUGAAACUUCUGCAAAAAAUGCCAUGAAUGUUGAACAGGCUUUCAUGACUAUGGCUGCAGAAAUUAAGAGCAGGGUUGGACCACCAUCAAGUGCAGCAGGUGAUCAAACGAGCAAGCUCAAAAUUGACCAAGCCCAUAACAUUGAAACCUCGGGAAUUAGUGGUUCUAAAUCUGGAUGCUGCUGAAACAUUUAAUAUAACAUCGUUUCUUAUAAAAAAUAAAAAAUUGGAGUUGAAUGAAAUUUUCAUUCUUUCCGGAAAAAAAGAAAACAUACAAACUGAUAUGGUGUCAUGCGCAUGACGAAGAAAAGUUAAAAUUCUGCAAAAGGAAAUAAGAGGAGACCGUUUGAUCCAUAGGACAUUAAUAUAUUUUCUAAAAUGUACUAAAGACUUGUGCAUAUGACACACGGCCAAUUUUAUUCUCCUCUUAUUCUUCAAUCUUUUUCUUUUUUUUUCUUCGUGUUAUAUACUUACCUACUUAUUAGUCUUUAACAAAGAGAUGAAGAUUUAUAGAAAAUAUUUAAACUCGCCUUUGUAAAUUUUUAUGUAAACUGAUAAAAUAUUGAUUUAAUAACUAAUUCAGGCGACGUUUUACUUCGCGCCAUCCUUACUGAUUCCCGACAUGAAACAUGAUAUCUUGAUUUUACGUUGUUAUCCACGAUGGUAUAUUAUAAAUCAUUUUUGGUAACAGUAAUCGCCAUUUGCGAUUAGAGCAAUCUUUUAUUUUAAUGAACGUAGCUCAAGUUAAGAAUUCAUAGCUGCGUCGAUUGAUUGUGCUCGUCGAUUAUUAACAUAUGAAAAAGAGUGGAAAUCGAUAAAUGUGGUGUGUUAUGUAUUAAAAGUUUUACAAGUGUCCGAGUAUAGAAAUUUCGAAGUUUCAAUUGAACGAAAUUUUAUGCAAUGUCUGAUAAUUUAAUUAUUUCUUUAUUGAUACUUUAUGCGCAAAGAUGAGAAAUAUCAUUCAGAAUUUAUAUAGAAAUGAUCCAGAUAAAGGAGAGAAAAAAAAAAUUGAUAAAGCAAACGAAUUGUUGCUGAUGAGUUAGGAACAGUUCUAGAUUAAAAAGUAACUCAUAAAAUUGUGUAAUCAUAUUAGACGAUUAAUAAAAGAAAGUCAAAAAAAGAAAUAUUUCAUUUUGUAGCUUGAAUGUAGAAGAUUUUUUAAAAAUAUCAAAACACCUGGAUCACGAUCAAGAACGGUACACGCAAGUUACAUAUCCGUGUUUUAUUUGUAUCUUGAACGUAUACGUAAACAAAAUUUGUUUCAUAUCUUUAAACUCGUUAAAAAACUGACACGAAAACCAUUGACUUUGGAGUCAAUGGCGAUUGACACUGUAUUGUGCGCAAACCUUGUUGAGGCCGUAAAGCAAACUCGUUUUCGUGAUAACACAAAUUCAGCUUCAUUCUUAUAGAGAGAAUACUAACAUUUUUUACGUUUGAAAAAUUUUUAAAGUUUUAUUAUACAAAUAUUAUUAUUACUAUUAAUUACUAUUACGAUGAUUAUUAUUAUUAUUAUUAUUAGUAUGUUGUGUAAAAUGCAAACUCAAAAAAAAAGACAUGCUUGCUUGCUUUGCCGCACACGAUCGUUCUCUUCAAUUGAUAUACAUUUGCAAUCGUACCGUUUCAAAGUAGACGUUGUACGAUAAUACAAUGUAAUUGCCAAUAUAAACAAUGAAAGAAAGCAACAAAAAAAAAA